UCAGUCUGUUUUCAACUUUCGUCCAAGGUAAAAGUUCGAAUCGUCGGGAAUUCUGCUUGGUGCGAAGUUCUGACCAACCGAUCCGAGGGGAAGUUUCAUUUCCGUGUCGGAAUUUUGUGUUUUUCGCAGCAGAAUUGGUGUGUAUUCGGUAUCUAUUGUCAGGUGAUUAGUGCUACCGUAGAUUUUUUGAUUGUCGAUGAAAAGAUUAAAGCAUUCCGCAACAAGGUGUGUUUUCGAAAGAGCAAAUUACCGUGAUCAUAAUUGGAUUAACCUCGGCGAGUAGGUUCCGUCCCAGCUGGGUUUUGUCAAGUGCGAAAUAGUUGAGGGGGAGGAAAAAAAAUCGAAAGUGACCAUCGUCCGUCCGACCAACCGAUUGGCAUUCGUCGUCGUCGUCACAGGUCACAAAGAGAGCAAAGCAAAUAGUGCGGUGCUAGCUGCCAGCAAUAGCAAAGCGACAGGGGCUCAGCCCCAAUCGCGUGAUUAGCGAAUAGCGUUGUUGUUGUGGUCGGUGUAGAGUGUGAUAUCGGGUCUGGUGGUGGCGAGCUGCUCUGUAAAAGGGAUUAAAAUAUGUGUGUAAAAUGUUUCUGUGCUUUCCGUCGUUGUUGUUGUAGCAGCUUGAGAAAUAACAAUAUUAUGUAAAUUUAUUCAUCCCAAGCGUCGGAGAGAGCUUUUGGGAUUGGAACGAUCGGUUCCAGCAACUUCGAGAACAUCGCAGUGUAUUCAAAAUAGUGUUUAACCAGCACCGCCGAACAGAGCAGGGGGCGGAAUAUUUCAACUUUCCGACAGUCGGAGGAAAUAUGCUUCCAUUGCCACCACUAUGAUAGCAGCUGGAACGAAACGAACCGGACAGAGAAUGUCCAAACAGCAAGGGAAAUAUGAGUUGCUUAAGGAGGAUACUAGUUUAAGGAAGAAACACACCUACAUUCAAGGAUGCCUUCUGCUGGCCUUAUGCGCCAUGUCCAGCGUGGCAGUGUACGCGACCUGGACGAUGAUCUACCGUCAGAAUCUAAUCAUUCCACCGACACUAAUCGACAUUCCACCCCUCUGGCGGGAACGGCUUCGCCAGUACGCGGAAGUCUACAGCACAUUCCAGUCCCCACCGUCGGAGGCGUCGCCGACCGCCACCGAACUGCUCGUGUCGGAGGACACGAUAGCGCAGAUUCUGAACACGCAACCCAGCAGUGCCAGCCCGAAUGACACCUUGGUGGGCACGGAUGCAGACGAACAGGACGCGGAACAGCGCAUCAAGGAGUUGGAAAACGAACGGAUCCUGCCGUCCAAGUUUGGUAAUUUCAUCUACUCCAAGGAGGCGUCCAGGGGAGGCAAGGAUUUACGGAAGAUUGUGUGCUAUUACACGACUCCGUCGAUGAGUGGCCGGGAGGAUCGGCGGAGUAGCAGAUUUCGAAGGGACCUCUUUCCGGAGGAUAUUGAUCCGCAUCUGUGUACGCAUGUGAAUGUGGGGAUCAUAGCGAUUGUCAACGGAACGUUGUUCAUCGAUGACGAUCUGAAGACGGUGUUCAAUCGGACGAAGCAACUCAAGAAGGCUAACAAGCAGCUGAAGGUGCUGCUUUGGGUUGGAGGAGGCGGUGUGGGGGGAUUCUCGGAAAUGGUUUUGAAUCAUGCCAGCAGGAAGCUGUUCAUUCAGUCGUUGAAAGCCACGCUGGAGCAGUACCAGCUGGAUGGGGUGGAUCUGGAUUGGGAAUUUCCGGGAAGUUGCUGCAAAAAUAGGAUGCACUUUUCGCAGCUGCUGCACGAGAUUCGAAGGGAGUACCAGAGGGAACAUCGGACGUACAUUCUGAGCGUGGCGGUGGCAGCUCCGGCCAUCAUCGCCUACAUGUCGUACGAUGUGAGGGAGAUCAACAGCUACGCGGAUUACGUUAACAUUAUGACGUAUGAUUACCAUUUUUACUCGCCGGAUACGCCACAGACGGGUCUCAACGCGCCGCUUUUCCGGAGACAGAACGAGCAAUCGCUCUUCGGUACCAUGAACAUCAACACUUCCGUCCACUACUGGAUGUCGCAGGGACUGGAGAAGAGCAAAAUCAUCAUAGGGCUGCCGACGUACGGGCACAGCUUCCAGCUGGUCAAUUCGUUCAACAACAAAAUAGGAGCCCCCGCUGCCAGCUUCGGCCGGACGGGUAUGAUUGGUUACGCGUCCUACUCGGAGAUUUGCUGGUUCCGAAGGCAUAAUAUCUACGUGCACCAGGUGUACGACGUGGAGAGUUGCUCGCCUUAUCUGUACGCCGGUACGGAGUGGAUUUCCUACGAGGAUGAACGCAGCCUGGAGUGCAAGGCAAAUUGGAUCAAGGAGAAUGGGUUCGGCGGGGCCAUGAUAUUCUCGCUCAAUACGGACGAUUUCGGGCAGUAUUGUGCCGACAAUGCCCUGUUUAGCGACGAAGGGGAGGGCGGUUUUGCUGGGAAGGGCAACAUUCCGAGGGAGUCUAGCAGUUUUCCACUGCUGAGGAAGAUUCAUUCCAUACUGGUGGACAAGUCGCCGGGAAAUUAGGACAAGAUAUUAAGCAAUGAAGCGAUCAGAGAAAGGGCACUAAGAAAUGAAACAAUAACGAAAAAUACGACUUAUAAUGUGUAAGAGUAAUAUUAUGUAUUUCAAUUACGGUAGGUUCGAGGAUAGCGAGAGGCGCGUUAGGAGAAAAGUGAUAUACGACGACGGUUGGCUGGUGUGAGAGCGCAAGAGCAUUUGUAUAUUUAGGUGAAUCAAUUGAAACCGUGCAUAUUUAGCUAGUUGUUAGGGAGAUGAAAAUCAAAGAUCUAAUCGAUAUUACCAUUUUGUUAGCCACAUAUUUUAUUUGGAGUUGCAGCAGUGAAAAACAAGCAAAUGACACAGAAGUUCUCGAAAUUACAGAAAAUGGAAAUUAUCUAGUCAUGUCGCUUCGAUGUGGUGCGAUUUCAGCUAUUAGAUUUUUGUUUAUGAGGAUGGGGGGGGAUAGUCUAUCGGACUCUAAGUUUUAAAAGUAAAUCAAAGUAUUCUAAUUGACACGUUAUCAACUGAAGCGAAUAAUAAUGGAAAAAAAAGUCAUAUGUUUGAGGCCAAUUGUCUUCCAAAACCGACAAGUAAAGGGUGUUUAU